GACCUGUUUACUUGUGAAUUGAAAAUAGUGAGGACUCAUGAGGCUGCAGUGUUGCAUAUUAUAAUAUGUAUAAUUAGUAAGAAUUAGUAAAUAGUAUAAUUUCAUAAUGAGGAUGAAAUCAAACAUUUUAAAUGAUUUGAAGUAAAGUGCAUGGCAGGAGUGCUUCCUUUAAACAUUUCUGUGUAUGUUUAAAUACAAAAAGUGGAACAGCUCACUACCAGAGAUGCACUGGAUUUGACUGCCAACAGAUCGUGGAGGAAGAAAGUGGUCACUGAGGCUCUGGCAGAGGCAGGCUGCUGUCAUCCCAGAGAUAACGGACCUCUGACUGCUGCUGAUCCCUGAUGACUAGCCCACCUCUGAUAAAGACUCUCUGUCCCUCUGAGUGACGACUACACAAGACAUCCUCUACACAGGUUGCAGAUGGAGUCCUCUUCACAAAGUAGAGCUGGCGGGGGACUGUGGAACAACCCCAGGGCCACCUCAUACAGCAAGGAGACCCAGGACAUGCUGAGAUUAAUGAUGCAGGAGUCAAGACUCACCAACCUCCAGAGAAAACAGAUCAAUGAAUGUCUGAAAAACGGAGCAGCUUUGCCACUUGCCUCUGACCUGACAUCGUCACCACCUCCCACUCAGCCUAAAACCACCAAGUCUGUCCAGAAACGCCUGCCAGGCAAGCCUCAAAGACGCAGCGCUGAAUCUUGUCGUUCUGGGAACAGCUAUGUGAGAGAAAAGUUCUGUCCCGCUCCCACAAGAGACUUGGAGAAAGAGAAGAGGAGGCUUCAGAACAUAUUGGCGACAGGACAAGAAGAGCCCACACCUGCAUCUUCCCAAAAUGCUAGGAACCCAGAAGUGAUGGAGGAGAGAGACCAGUAUCAGGAAGUUCUGGAUGAGAUAGAGGAAAGAAGACAGUUUCUGGCAGAUAUGGCCUCUCUAGGUCAGGAGAAGCAGUACAUCAACAUCAUCAACACUGAAAUAUCCCAGAAAAUCAGAGAGCUGGAGGCACUGGAGAAGGCCUGCAGUACCAAGAAGGAUGUAGAAACAUCCAAGAGGGAAGAGAGUGCAGAACAGACCGCAGAAAACAUGGACAGCAGAGAAGACUGACCACUGACCCGUCGCUUGGAAAUUACUUGGAAAUCAGGUGCAAGCAAGAUAACUGUCAAAACCAUUAAACACAGACUGCGAAAGACAGUACUGCAAUGUGGUGUAAUGAGUGUGACUGUGAUGUCUGCAAAGAGGUUGCAGCUAGCACGCUGCACUGUGCAGCAGCUGUUUCUGCAGCUGAGGUGUGACAAAACAGCAGUGAAGACAAAACUGUCAGGCUGUGAACAGAUUCAACUCACAAGAAACAAACACCAUCUGCUUGCAUUAACUUAUUUUAUUCCUCUGCCUUCCAGUGUCAGUAUGCGAUAUAAUCCUGCUGCUGUUUUUAGGACAAUGUAUAGCGCUACAGAAGCCCUUGGUUUCAGCUGGACAGGAAGACAGGCACAGAGCAGAAACAGACACAAUAGAGAUAACCAUUUAAAAUGGAGGACAAACAGACAAUCAAACUGACAAAACAGAAUGAGUAAACAAUAUGGGCAUUUACAUUAGCUCUAACAAAUGAUGCCAAUCCACAUAAGCAAUUAAAUAAAUGGCACUCAAACAAACAAUCUCAACAUAAACACGUUUUUGCAAUCCACUCUUAAGGCAGAACACUGAAACAUACAGAAAGGCAUAGUAAAAUAUAAAUUAAUGAUUGCAUAUUCAGGUUUUCCUCCAAUGGUUAAAACUGUUACAGUUGCUAAAAUACUGAAUAUCUGCCUUUUCUAAUAUUCAUUAUUGCAUGUGUGACCUUUCAUAUUAAUAAAACUUUCUAACAGACA